UCGGAGAUAGGGGAGAAGUUGAAGAAGAAAGAGGCUGAAGUCGUCGACCUGACUAGCCGGUUACGGUAUCUUCAGGCAGACUUCCUGAACCUGCAGCGUAAUGCUGCGAGGGACAAGGAGCAAACGAAAGACUUUGCCAUUUCGCGCUUCGCCUCCGACCUUCUCGAGACUGUUGACGUCCUUGCGCUCGCGCUAAAAUCCGUCCCGCAAUCCGCCCUCUCUUCCCCUUCAUCCACCGGCGACGCGUCGUCACAGCCGUCCACCCCCGCAGCGCCGGCUGACAAACCGGCAGAGGCUCACCUUAACGAGUUAUACACCGGAGUCGAGAUGACACAUCGACUGCUUCUGCAGACUCUCUUCAAAUACAGCGUGAAGCCGUUCGACCCGACCGGUGACAAAUUCGACCCGAACCGGCAUGAAGCUCUCUACCAGGCGCCGAUCCCUGACAAGGAGCCCGGCACCGUGUUUGACUGCCAAAAGAUUGGGUACACGAUCAAGGAUCGUGUUUUGCGUGCAGCGCAGGUCGGCGUUGUACAAGACCGGUCAUAG